UUCUCAAAUCCAGUCUUCGUGGCCCGGUGUCCUGCAUGUUUUAGAUAUUUCCCUCUUCACACCAGGAAACCAUUCCAUCGUUAUCAGGAUUCUGCAGAGCCUGAUGAAGAGCUGAUCAUUAACUGAACCAGGUGUGAUGGAAGAGGGAAAUAUCUAAAACAUGCAGGACACUGGGCCACGAGGACUGGAUUUGAGAACCACGGCCAUAUGAGAUGUGGGAUGCAGGUCUUGCUCCAAUACCCUGAGUCCGGUUUAUCUCAGAACUGCUGGACCACAGCAGAAUGGAUCAGAGUGAGGACAGAGAGGAGGGAGCCCCUCCUUGGAGUCCCGGACACGGACCUGGACCCAGCUGGAUGUCCAUGAAGAGUGAUGACUCCAUGGAACGAGAGAUAUAUUUUAAAAGAGGACAUGUUUGUGAGCCUCAACCUGGACCUGGACCUGGACCUGGACCUGGACCCAGCUGUGUGUCCAUGAAGAGUGAUCACUCCAUGUUUCUCCCGAUAUGUUUUAAAACAGGACGUGUUUCCGAGACUCAAGUGGAGCAGCAGAGCUCAGAGGCUCCCACUGGUCUACAGGAUCAGACUCAGCUGGACUCCAUAUUUAAGCUGCUGGAGGAGAACAUCUACACUUUUGUCAAGAAUGAACUGAAGAAGUUCCACCAGGUUCUGAGUACAGAUUACCCAGAAUACUUAGAGAGUGUGAAGGAUGAGGAUGAAGAGCAGAGGAGGAGCUCAGAGGCUUUUCUGAAGAUCACACUGAACUUCCUGAGGAGGAUGAAGCAGGAGGAGCUGGCUGAGCGUCUGCACCGCAGAAGUCAGUCUGGAGUUCAGCAGCGGAAACUGAAACGUAACCUGCAGCAGAAGUUUGAGUGUGUGUUUGAGGGCAUCGCUAAAGCAGGAAACCCCAAAACCCUCCUGAACCAGAUCUACACAGAGCUCUACAUCACAGAGGGAGGGGCUACAGAGGUCAACCAGGACCAUGAGGUCAGACAGAUUGAAACAGCAUCCAGGAACCCACACAGACGACCAACAACCAUCACAUGUGAAGACAUCUUUAAAACACCACCUGACAGAGAUCAGCCAAUCAGAAUAGUGCUGACAAAGGGCGUGGCCGGCAUUGGGAAAACAGUGUCCACACAGAAGUUCAGUCUGGACUGGGCUGAAGACAAAGCCAACCAGGACAUCCACUUCAUAUUUCCAUUCACCUUCAGAGAGCUGAAUGUGCUGAAACAGAAGAAGUUCAGCUUGGUGGAACUGGUUCAUCACUUCUUCACUGAAACCAAAGACGCAGGAAUCUGGAUCUUUGCAGACCUCCAGGUGGUGUUCAUUUUAGACGGUCUGGAUGAGUGUCGACCUCCUCUGGACUUCAGCAACACUCAGAUCCUGACUGAUGUUACAGAGUCCACCUCAGUGGAUGUGCUGCUGAUGAACCUCAUCAGGGGGAACCUGCUUCCCUCUGCUCGCCUCUGGAUAACCACACGACCUGCAGCAGCCAAUCAGAUCCCUGCUCAGUGUGUUGACAUGGUGACAGAGGUCAGAGGGUUCACUGACCCACAGAAGGAGGAGUACUUCAGGAAGAGGUUCACAGAUGAAGAACAGACCAACACAAUCAUCUCCCACAUCAAGACGUCACGAAGCGUCCACAUCAUGUGUCACAUCCCAGUCUUUUGCUGGAUCACUGCUACAGUUCUGGAGGACGUGUUGAAGACCACAGAGAGAAGACAACUGCCCAAGACCCUGACUGAGAUGUACAUCCACUUCCUGGUGGUUCAGGCCAAACUGAAGAACGUCAAGUAUGAUGGAAGAUCUGAGACAGAUCCACACUGGAGUCCAGAGACCCGGAAGAUGAUUGAGUCUCUGGGAAAACUGGCCUUUGAGCAGCUGAAGAAAGGAAACCUGAUCUUCUAUGAAUCAGACCUGACAGAGUGUGGCAUCGAUAUCAGCUCAGCCUCAGUGUACUCAGGAGUGUUCACAGAGGUCUUCAAAGAGGAGAGAGGACUGUACCAGGACAAGAGGUUCUGCUUCAUCCAUCUGAGUGUCCAGGAGUUUCUGGCUGCUCUUCAUGUUCAUCAGACCUUCAUCAACACUGGAGUCAAUCUGCUGUCAGAAGAACAAACCACAUCCCAGAGGUCUAAGUCCACGUUCUACCAGACCGCUGUGGACCAGGCCUUACAGAGUCCAAAUGGACACCUGGACCUGUUCCUCCGCUUCCUCCUGGGUCUAUCACUGCAGACCAAUCAGAGUCUCCUACACAGUCUGGUGAAACCAACAGGAAGCAGCUCAAAGAUCAAUCAGAAAACUGUUGAGUACAUCAAGAAGAAGAUCAGUGAGAAUGUGUCUGCAGAGAGAAGCAUCAACCUGUUCCACUGUCUGAAUGAACUGGAGGAUGGAUCUCUGGUGGAUCAGAUCCAACAGUACCUGAGAUCAGGAUGUCUGUCCACAGAACAACUGUCUCCUGCUCAGUGGUCAGCUCUGGCCUUCAUCUUACUGUCAUCAGAAAAAGACCUGGAUGUGUUUGACCUGAAGGAAUACUCUGGUUCAGAGGAGGUUCUUCUGAGGCUGCUGCCAGUGGUCAAAGCCUCCAACAAAGCUCUACUCAGUGGCUGUAACCUGUCAGAGAGAAGCUGUGAAGCUCUGUCCUCAGUUCUCAGAUCCCAGUCCUGUAGUCUGACACUUCUGGAUCUGAGCAACAAUGACCUGAAGGAUUCAGGAGUGAAGAUACUGUCAGAUGGACUGAAGAGUCCAGGAUGCAGACUGGACACUCUCAGAUUGUCAGGAUGUCUGAUCACAGAGGAAGGAUGUUCUUCUCUGGUCUCAGCCCUAAAGUCCAAUCCGUCCCAUCUCAGACAGCUAGACCUGAGCUACAACCAUCCAGGAGCCUCAGGACAGGAGCUGUCUGCUCUAGUGGAGGAUCCACACCAGAGACUGGACACUGUCAGGUUGGAUCCUGCUGGAGUCCGAUGGUUGAGACCAGGUCUAAGGAAGUAUUUCUGUGAACUCACCCUGGAUCCAAACACAGCGUAUGAAUGCCUCAAACUGUCUGAAAACAACAAAAAGGUGGAACGAGUGGAGGAGAUUCAGUCAUAUCCUGAUCAUCAGGACAAAUUUGAGUUCCAUCCUCAGCUGAUGUGUUCAACUGGUCUGACUGGUCGCUGUUACUGGGAGGUCCAGUGGAGUGGAUGGGUUCGAAUGGCAGUGACUUACAGAGGAAUCAGAAGAAAAGGAGGCAGUGAAGACUGUGUGUUUGGACGAAAUGAUCAGUCCUGGAGUCUGGAGUGUUACAGAGGUGGAUACAGGGUCUGGCAUAAAAACAAAUACUCAGUCCUCCCUCAGUCCUCCUCCUCCUCCUCUUCCUCCUGGUCUGGUACAGUCUCAGUGUAUGUGGACUGUCCUGCUGCAUCUGUGUCCUUCUACAGAGUCUCCUCUGACAAACUGAUCCACAUCUACACCUUCAACACCACAUUCACUGAACCACUGUUUGGAGGAUUUAGACUCUGGUCUGGAUCCUCAGUGUGUUUGUGUCAUGUGUAGAUGUGUACAUGUGUCAUGUACUUUUAUUAAAUCCAUCUGGUCUU